UACAUGUGAAUAAAGUACCCCCACAAUUCAUACCCUUACACAUUUUCUCAAGGACCUCAACUAUCCAAGAAAACUAUCAUUUGCAUCCCCACUAGAUCACUAUACUUAACAAUCUUCCUCUUCCCCAUACACAACUUUUUUCUUUUUUGGUUUUUCCUCUCACUUCUUCUUCCCAAUCUUCACUCAAAGCCAUGACCAUACACAUUUUCACCAUCACCCUCUACCUCUUGAUUCAAGCACUAAUAAUCCCAAGAGUAAUUAGUUCAGCUAUCCAUGUUAACACAUGUAGAUCUUAUUGUGGAAACAUAACCAUAGAUUACCCAUUUGCACUCCAAUAUGGCUGUGGCCAUCCAGGCUUCAGAGACCUAUUGUUUUGCAUGAAUGAUGUCCUAAUGUUCCACAUUAGCUCUGGUUCUUACCGGGUCUUAGAAAUAGACUAUGCCUAUCAAGCUCUCACACUCCAUGACCCUCACUUGUCAACAUGUGACAACAUUGUGCUAGGAGGCAGAGGCAACGGCUUCGCGGUCGAGCCGUGGCGUGAACCAUACAUGAAUCCAACUGCAGACAAUGUGUUCAUGCUAAUUGGUUGCUCAGCUAGAUCACCACUGUUCCAAGGUUUCCCAGGUAAGCACUUGCCAUGUAGAAACGUUUCAGGCAUGGGAUGUGAAGAGUACUAUGAUUGUCCAGCAUGGGACUUAGUGGGCCAUAGAAAAGUGGGCUCAGGUUCUUAUGGGUCUGGCCCACCUGAGUGUUGUGCUCUGGCAUUUGAGGCAAUCAAGUCCAUUAAUCUCACUAAGCUUGAGUGUGAAGGGUAUAGUAGUGCUUAUAGUUUAGCACCAUUGAAAAUGAAUGGGCCUAAUGGAUGGUCUUAUGGGAUACGUGUGAAGUAUUCAGUCCAAGAGAAUGAUGAUUUUUGCCAUGCGUGUGAGGCCACUGGUGGUACUUGUGGGUAUGGUUCUGAUGGGAUUAGGCAAAUGUGCAUGUGUGGGAGCUUCAAUUCCACAUCAAAUUGUGAUUCAGUCAAGUCUUCAUCAAGUGGAAGAACUUGGUCUAUGGUGGACGCAUUAACAGGAUUUUCUAUGGGUAUGCUAGUAUGGAUGACAGGCAAUCAAAUUUGAAGAGGUCCACCCAACAUUACCAUCUAUUUAUCUGUAUCUCAUGUAAUUUUCUUGGGUUUUUUUU